AUGCACAAGCCUGCGCCCCAUCACUCUCAAGCCUUUGCCCUAUCACACCCAGCCAGCAAGUUCAGUGUCAACGACCACGAAAACACUCCAUUGACUCCAACCCCUUGCACUCCGACCAUGUCACCACCACCACCACCACCACCAUCACCACUCACCAUAACAAUAAUAGGCGCCGGCAUAGCCGGCCUAACCCUCGCCCUAACCCUCCGCCGCCUCAGCCCCCAACACCACAUCCACCUCCUCGAAAAACAACCCCAACUCCAAGAAACCGGCAACGCCCUCUUGAUCUCCCCCAACGCCUCCCGGAUCCUGCUCCGUCUAGGCUGGGAUCCCUCCACGGCCAGGGCCAACGACUGCAAUGGCAUGGUAGCCAUGAAUGCUACCGGCGAGGUCGUGCUAGAUAAGGACAUGAGGAUUGUGGCGGAGAAGUAUGGAAGUCCGUGGUUGCUUGCGCAUAGGCGGGAUUUGCAUGAUGAGUUGAGGCGGUUGGUGCUUGAGCCGGAGGCGAAAGGGAAGGGAAGGCCGGGAGUGUUGGAGUUGGGGGUGAGGGUAAGGGAGAUUGAUGUGGAGAGUGGCAGAGUUGUGUUGGAGGAUGGGAGGGUGCUGCAGGGUGAUGUGGUGGUGGGGGCGGAUGGGAAUAGGAGUUUUUGUAGGCGGUAUGUUGAGCCUGAGGCGAAGCUGUAUGGGUUUGGGAAGGACUGUUAUAGGUGGCUUGUAGAUCGGGAUGUGCUGGCUAAGGAUCCGGGACUGAAGGAUCUAGAGGUCUUGAAGAGGGAGGGCUAUUUCGCUGAGAUUGGGGGCGAGAGGGAGAGGAUCGUGAUGUAUCCGUGUCGGGGAAACACGACGUAUAACAUGGCAGUAUUUGUGCCGACUGCAGAGGACGAGGCGGAGAGGGGCGACUCGCAUACGCAUUGGGAUCAAGAGGGGAGUAAAAAGCAGAUGGAGCAGGCACUCGCAGGGUUUUCCCCGACUGCGAGGAGACUUGUGGCAAGUGCGGGUGAUGAUCUAAAGGUAUGGCCGCUGCUCGACAUGAACCAUCUCAAGCGCUGGACGGAGGGAAGGUUGGCCUUGAUUGGAGAUGCUGCUCAUCCGUUCUUGCCAUUUCUUGGCCAAGGCGCCGCGCAGGCUAUCGAGGAUGCUGCCUCGCUGGGCUUGCUGCUGGCUGAUGCGUUAGCUGCUGAGGACGUACCUGGAACGCUGAGGAUGUUGGACGAGAUUCGGCGAGAAAGGAUCGACUGGAUCCGCGAGCAGGGCAGGAUCAAUGGCGCAGACGCCGCUGAAAGACCUCCACGUGAAUUUAUGAUCCGGGUCAUGGAUGCUUGCUUCUCAUAUAACGUGUGGUCGGAUACAGAGAAGAAACUCGAGGCGAGUCGAGGUGUCUCCACAACAGCGUUGAAUACGGAGAAUAAUUUGAUGGGCCAUCGUGUUUCCACGACCGUGUAA